AAUUAAAAGAAUGAAGCAUAAGAGUGAUGCUUACUCAAGGAAUUUUAGUUUUAUCUCAACCUCCGGAUUAAGCAGUUUUUGCAUAACGGAGAAAAUGGACAUCGUACCUAUAUCUAUCGCCCCUAUAGAAAUAUUAUUGCAAAUUAUAUUUCAACAGUAUCUUAAUGGAUCAUAUUGUUUAACGGUAGUUUCUGAGAAUAAAUUGAAUGCUCACAUGUUAACCGGAACUAUAACAUACAUAGACGUAAAUGAAACACAAAAUCUGGUCGAUCAAAUUUUGGCCGUGUCUGAAAUGGGAUGUUCUGACUUCAUUGUGCAAAUGUCCGAUCCACAAAAGUUUGUCUCUGCUAUUGAACAAGUGAACCACUUGGGGAACGCGAGAAGAGCGGACAAAAUUAUGAUGUUCUUACCGAUGGACAAAGACAGCGACCCGAAAGUAUUGGUAGACCUUCUCUUAUUAAAGGAAAUGGCUUUCGUAGCCAAUUUGAUACUUAUCCUCCCGGCCAAUUCUACUAAAUCUACUGAUCAAUGUGAGUCGUACGAUAUAAUAACUCACAAGUUUGUGGGGGCCGAUGCUCAGGCCAACGAUCCUCUAUACCUGGACUCCUGGGACGCCUGCACUCAGCAGCUGAAGACCAACUCGAACCUGCUGCCCCAUGACAUCUCCAACUUGCAGGGGAAGACGCUGAGAGUAGCCACUUUUACUUACCAGCCUUAUACCAUCGUAGAUAUUGAUCCCGCAAAAACUCCCGCUGGUUAUGAUGGACUUGAAUUGAGGGUCCUUACCGAGUUUUGCCGAUUGGUAAAUUGUACGGUAGAAAUAAUCCGAGAUGACGAGUACGAGUGGGGCGUCAUCCACCCCAACUGGACAGGGCGCGGGAUUUUGGGAAACGUGGUUGAAGACCGAGCAGAUUUUGGGAUAGGGGGACUGUUCUCGUGGCACAACUGUUACGUUUACUUAGAUUUUUCGUUGGCGCUUGUUCGAAGUGGAGUCACUAACGUCGCACCCGCACCUAAGAUUGUAGCUGGCUGGCAGCUGCCCUUGAUGGCUUUCAACUGGGUGAUGUGGUUAACAGUAUUCUUCACAUUUGUGUACGCAUCCCUCGCUCUUUAUUAUGUCAACGGGUGGUCUAUGGAGAAAGUGCUUUUGACUACUUUCGGGAUAAUGGUUACGCAGUCCCAAUCAGACCCUGGUUCGAACUGGCGCGUGCGCAGCGUGACGGGCUGGCUCCUAGUGACUGGUCUGCUGAUCGACAACGCGUACGGCGGCGGGCUGGCGGCCGCCUUCACCGUGCCCAAGUACCAGGGCUCCAUAGACACCGUGCAAGACAUGAUCGAUACAAAGCUGCUAUGGGGCGCUACGCAUCCUGCUUGGCUGUUCUCCAUUUUGCCUUCGAAAGAUCCGAAAAUAAAACAACUUAUAAGUCAGUUUGAAACAAUGGAUGGGAAGAAAAUAGAAAAGAACCUUAUAGCGGAACGUAUGGCCACAUUAAUUGAAAAGCUUCCUGCAGGUUACUUUGCGGUCUGCGACUACAUAACGCGGGAAGCCGUGGUGCACACCCAGAUCAUGCUGGAGGACAUCUACUACGAGUACACGGUGGCCAUGGGGCGGAAGAGCUCGCAGUACUUGGACAAGCUGACGGAGGUGGCCGGGCGCUUCCAGGCGGCCGGCCUGCUGCAUGCGUGGGAGACGCAGGUAGUGCUGGACCAUUUGGAUUUUAAUGUCCAACUAGGAAUCAAAUAUUCAAGAGCAAAGAAGGAAGCAGAAGUCAAAAGUCUGGAUAUGGACCAUGUUGUGGGAAUAUUCUCACUGUACCUGGUCGGCGUCGCUGGGUCCGCUCUACUGUUCCUCAUGGAAAUAUUAGCAGGGCCCAACUUACUGCUCAUCCUACCGGCCAAUUCUACUGAUCACUGUGAGUCGUACGACAUAGUGACUCACAAGUUUGUGGGUGCUGAUGAUGAAGUGAACGAUCCUCUGUACCUGGACUCCUGGGACGCCUGCACUCAGCUGCUGAAGACCAAUUCGAAUCUGCUGCCCCAUGACAUCUCCAACUUGCAGGGAAAGAUGCUGAGAAUAGCUACUUUUACGUGGAUUAAUUGUACAAUAAAAUUAAUUCGUGAUGAUGAAAACGAAUGGGGCGAUAUCUUCGAAAACGGAACUAGCAACGGGGUCAUAGGCAAUGUGCUUCAAGACAAGGCUGACAUUGGAGUAGCUGGUCUAUUCUCCUGGUACAAGCCGAGUAUAGCGAACUGGUUGCUCCCUCUGAUGGCGUUCGACUGGGUGGUGUGGGCCACAGUCGUGUUCACCCUCGUGUACGCAGCCAUCGCUCUCUACCUCGCCAAGGGCUGCAGAUCUGAGAAAAUUAUGCUAACUACUUUUGGGAUGAUGGUUACACAGCCACAACCGGACCCUGGGAGCAGCUGGCGCGUGCGCAGCGUGACGGGCUGGCUCCUAGUGACCGGUCUCCUCAUCGACAACGCGUACGGCGGCGGGCUGGCGGCCGCCUUCACCGUGCCCAAGUACCAGGGCUCCAUAGACACCGUGCAAGACUUGCUGGACGCGAAGCUACCGUGGGGAGCCACGCAUAUAUCGUGGGUUUUCUCUAUGUCGGCUUCGAAAGAUCCUAAAGUAAUGGCAUUGGUCAAUCAGUUCAGAGCCAUGGAUGAAGAGGACUUAAAAACACAGAGUUUCUUAAGAACAAUGGCCAUAGCAGUUGAAAAGCUCCCGGCAGGUAACAUGGCAGUUCACGAUUUCCUCACCAAGGAGGCUCUCCAGAACUUGCAGCUGAUGGUGGAGGAUAUCUACUACGAGUACACGGUGAUCAUGGCCCGGAAGAACUCACAGUAUGUGGACAAAAUCAGCCAGUUAGCUGGACGGUUACACGAGGCAGGGCUUCUCCUUGCUUGGGAAACUCAGGUAGCCAUAGAACAUUUGGAUUUCAAACUUCAACUUGGGGUGAAAUAUUCACGAAGGAAAAGAGAAACAGAAAUAAAAGAUAUCGAUAUGAAACAUGUAGUGGGGAUAUUUUCAGUGUAUAUGAUUGGCGUCACCGGAUCUAUACUAAUGUUUUUGAUAGAAAUGUUUGCGGGACGUAAAAAGUCGAAGAAGUAGAGACCUCUUUUGUGUGUAA